UUUUAAUCCGAACUCGAUGGCCAAAUAAAUCACGAGAGAGAGCCCGGGAUGACGUCAGAAAUCCAUAAAAAAAUGUUAUUGUUCUCUAGCGCCAUCUGUGAGUGGCGAGAGCAACUAUUAGUAAACACCCCCCCAACCCUGUAGACUUCGUUCAAUCCCGUUCCUGGUUGUAAGUACAAGAGUUUGUUGUCAAAUGUCAGUGGCAGCAGUCAGCAGGGGAAAAACCGUUUUUUUUUUCCGGGGGAAUAAGAAGAAGAAUUGAAUGGCGAUUUUAUACGUGUGUGUGCUGAUGGGCUAGCUUGACUCCCGCCUUAAUCAUUAGACCUCAAUUCAAUUAGGUCUUUAUAGACUUGUUUCCUAGCUGCUCUAAACAUCCGGCUUCUCAAUUAACCUGCGUGUGUCGCUGGCCAAGUCUCGUUGUGUGUGUUUGUUUGUGCGUGGCGCUCCGUUGACAGCUCCACUCUCCACCACCAACAUUUCUUUUGCUUUUCAGUCUCUUUUUCCUUCUUCUUUUUCCUUGACACACACAUUUGGCCGACGACGACGAAACGGAAUGCGUCACGUCAGUCUGGUGGCCAGUCGACGAGAUUUCCAAAAGCCAUGGAAUUCGGCCUCUAUAUCUGUUUGUUGACUCUACAUCGCCACAUUUACACGCAAACAGUUUACUCUAGUGAGAGGUCAGGGAGGGGAUAGAUCAGCUAUUUUCUCAUCCUCUCCCUUGUGUGUGUGAAUUUUCUUUCUUUUUGUUUAUGGGGUUUGGUUUUUGUUUCUCGCUUUUAUUUCUGUCUGGCCAUCUGAAAACCAACAUAGCAACGCUUGCUUAUUUUGUUGACCCCUCCUCCUGGUCUGCUGAUGAAAUUCCCCUUUCCCAUUUGUUUGCGUCCCUAAUGGGAUGUCUGCUCUACCCAGUCAGUGUUACCAUAAUACAUAAUGGAAUUAUGGCUGCGAUAAGGCUUCUUCUGGACAGAAGUUUCCCAAUGUGAUCAGUAACAGUGUGUAGUCUCAACACUUCAAGCCAAGUUUCAUGUGCCAAAUAGUCAGCGGAUUCAAUUCCUGCCCGCUUUUCUCACCAUGUUGAUCAAAGAGUACAGAAUACCCCUGCCCCUCACCGUGGAGGAGUACAGGAUCGCCCAGCUCUACAUGAUAGCUAAGAAGAGCAGAGAAGAGAGCUGUGGUGAAGGCAGCGGGGUGGAGAUUUUAGUGAAUGAACCCUACACCGAAGGCCCUGGAGGGUCUGGACAAUAUACUCAUAAAAUCUUCCAUGUUGGCAGUCACCUGCCUGGUUGGCUCAAGGCUCUUUUGCCCAAAUCUGCCUUCAUCGUGGAGGAAAAGGCUUGGAAUGCCUACCCUUACACCAGAACUCGCUACACCUGCCCUUUUAUCGAGAAGUUUAGUCUGGACAUUGAAACCGUCUACCGUGAAGACUGCGGAGACAUUGAGAACGUCUUUAAGCUCAGCAAAUCCGAGCUGAACGACCGAGCCGUCGAUUUGAUUGAUGUAGUGAAAGAUCAAUUGCCCACGGCUAGCGAUUACGUCAAGGAAGAAGAUCCAUGCGUCUACAUCAGCCGGAAGACGGGCAGAGGGCCGUUGAGUGACUCUUGGAUUCAAGAUUACUGGCGCGAAUGCAAGGGUCAGACGUUGCCCUUGUCCAAUGGCAAGGCCAUCAUGUGCGCCUACAAGCUGUGCCGGGUGGAAUUCAAGUACUGGGGCAUGCAGGCCAAGAUCGAGCGGUUCAUCCACGACAUUGCCCUGAGGAAGACGAUGGUGCGAGCCCACCGGCAGGCCUGGACCUGGCAGGACGAGUGGUUCAACCUGACGAUGGACGACAUCCGCGAACUGGAACGGCAAACGCAAGAGGCCCUGGCCAAGAAAAUGGCCUCGGCCACGACGACGACCAGCGAAGGCGGCCUGGAACAGCAGCAGCUGCAGCAAGAGGCCAAGACGAGCGGGGGAGUCAUUCCGUCCAGUCUGGUGCCGGCCUCGCCCGAAAUUGGCGGCCAGGAAACGGUGGACAGCAAAGGACAGCCGGUAGCAGCUGCUUCAGUCCAGGGAGCUCCAUCAUGGCCCAUGUCGUGCAUUUCCGAGUCGAGCAGCGAAGACGACGAGUUUUUCGACUGCCAAGAUUUCCGUUCCGCUCAGGCGGGCGGGGCCUUGUCACCGACCAUGGUCCGCUGGAGUUCAAUGGAGUUGGUCCCACAGGGCGAAGAGGCUGACGAACUGGACCCUGCCGAGAAAGUGCCAGACGAACGAAUCGAAGAAAGGGACAGCAUCUUUUCGGCUGGUUACCUGCAGCGAUUCGGGGCUAAUCAAAGGCGGCCGUCCCGCAAGCUGGUCAGCUCUUUCCUGCGGGCCAGUGGAAGUGGCCGGUCUCAAUCUCCUGGCAGCACGGGUGGAUCGAAUACGUCGUCGCUGCAAUCGCAUCCGGCCAGCGCCCUGAUUUUGGUGUUCCACGGCGGCACCGUCCUGGACGUCUCGUCUGAAUUGGCCAACAAAGCCGCCGAUUUGGCCACGUUCCGCAGCAAUUUGGAGGCUGUCAUCCGUCAACAUUUUCCCAGUUUGUGCUCGGGUCGCUUGGCCGUCCGUCUCGUCUCAUGCCCAACCUUGUGCCCAGAUGCAAUCACCGUCCUCAACAGUUUGUCUUGUUCCUCAUCCGCUUUGGUCGACCCUGUCGCAUCACCGCCACCACCGACGUCAGCGGAUUCUUCUCAUCCGGCCACGUCGGACUCGUCGGCAGGCGAUCCAGUUGCUCCCCCACCACCGGCCACCAGUGCUGCUCCUGCAGCCACCGCCUGCUGGCCACCGCUGGGCUGCCUGCCGCUGUUUGCCGCCUCGUCGCCGGAAUACGCCGACACGGUGACCCGCACGAUCGUGGCGGCCAAUCUCGCCUAUUCAGAGUUCCUCAAAUCGCCGGAAGGCGGUGGCUUCUCCGGUGCUGUGGCCGUGGUGGCCGACUCGGCCGGAUCCGUCCUCCUCUACGACGCCCUUUGCAAAUCAUCCGACCACAUGGACGGCCCUGGCGGCGACAUUCAGUCGCAUUUCGGCGGCAGCGACAACAGCAUCGCCGAAGAACCCGACCAGCACAGUCCAGGCGGCGUCUUUGAAGAGGAGAAGAAGGAACGGGAUCACUUUGCUCCUUCCGGCGCAUCGUCCUCUUUCAAAAGUCCCAGGUCCUAUCAUCACCUGCAAGCGCCGACCAACCGCCGGCACUCCACAUCGGCCAGCGAACACGGCCCAACUCGUCACAGUUCCUCAUCCGCCGCCAUUAUCAAAAAUUCUUACCUGGACUUUGAAGUGGGCGAUUGCUUCCUCCUGGGAAGUCCGCUCUCGUUGGUCUUGGCCUUUCGCAAGUGGAGCCACAAUCACCAUGGCGAACGUUGGCCACGCCGUCCUCACUGCCACGGCAUUUUCAAUUUAUUCCACUCGAUGGAUCCCCUGGCCGCCCGUUUGGAGCCGCUCCUGUCGGCCCGUUUCGCCAACACUCGGCCCGUCUCUGUUCCGCGCUACCAGCGCUACCCGCUGGGCGACGGAAAGUCCAACACUUUGGUGGAUUUCGUCCAGAACAAUCCUCAGCUGUUUCAGGAGCCGACGUCGACACCUCCCCAGCCAAAGGCCGAGGAUAACAAUGGACUGAGCAAGCGGCGGCAGUCGGACGGAUCCUUCUUCCACGGAAGUGACAACAGUCUCGGAUCCGAUCCACUGGCAGCUCAAAUGGCUUCACUGUCGCAGCGUUGGUGGGGUAGUAAACGAUUGGAUUACGUGUUUUACUGCCCCGACGGACUAACGUCGUUCCCGCCGUCGGCGCUGCCUCAUUUGCUUCACGCCUCCUUCUGGGAGUCGGCCGACGUGGCGGCUUUCAUCCUGCGCCAACUGAUGCGACUGGACGUUAGCGGAGGAGGAGGAGUCGGAAGCUCGGCUGGAUCGGUUGACGAAUAUUACGGAGACAUCAGGGACUCUAACGGCGGAUCGUUGCCCUUCAGUCCCGGCACCCCCUGCGAAAAGUGGAUGCGCAAACGGACGUCGGUCAAGAUAAAAAAUAUCGGAGCCAAUCAUCGAGCCAACGACAUUAUCGUCAACGAAACGAUGCCUCAGGUUAUCGUCGCCAGGUUCAUGUACGGGCCACUGGACAUGGUGGCGUUGACUGGCGAGAAAGUGGACGUUCACUUUUUGCGCGAUGCCAACAACGGCGAAUGGGAUCUCAUCGCCACCGAAGUGACGGACAAGGCCGGUCGAUUGGUCUGCACUCUGCCGCCGGAUCGAACUCUUCCGCCUGGACUUCAUCCCAUCAAAAUGGUGGUCCGUGGCGAUCACACGUACGCCGAUUUGUACGUGGCCGUUUUGCCGGCCCGGACCCAGGCCGUCGUCUUCAGCAUCGACGGAUCGUUCACGGCCUCCGUGUCGGUCACUGGACGUGACCCCAAAGUGCGGGCCGGCGCUGUGGACGUUGUCCGCCAUUGGCAGGAGCUCGGCUACUUGAUCAUCUACACCACUGGCCGUCCGGAUAUGCAGCAACGUCGAGUGGUCUCUUGGCUGGCCCAGCACAACUUCCCGCACGGUUUGCUGUCGUUCGCCGACGGGUUGAGCACCGAUCCGCUGCGCCACAAGGCCGACUACCUCAAACUGUUGGUCAACGACGUCGGACUGGAGAUCAGGGCCGCCUACGGUUCCAGCAAAGACAUAAGCGUCUACGCCAGCGUCGGCAUCAAGCCGGAGAACAUUUACAUUGUGGGCAAGGUAUCGCGCAAGCACCAAGGUCAAGCCCAGUCUCUCAUCGAAGGUUACGCCAGCCAUUUGUCUAAUUUGGCUUUGCAUCAGUGCCGGCCGGCCCAGAUCAAUCCUUACCUCCUUCUGCCAAGGGGUUGCCUCUCUCUGCCCGGUCACGGAGCUCCUCUUUUACGCCGAAGACAAGAUCCGAUUUAGAAGAAAUGAACAAAUGAGGAAACAAAAUGGAAAUCGGGUUUGUUAUUAAAAAUUCAAUGAUUAUACAACAACCCGGCUUGGUCUUUAUUUAGGCUCGUUCGUCGUUUAGUUCAAUUAUAUUUAGAAAACCACUGCGUUAACAUGUCAAAUGCUUGAUUUAAUCCGGUGGAUAUUUAACCAACUAAUUGGGUGCGGUUUUUCGUUUGGUUCGUCUUUUUUUUUUGGUCAACUUGAAUUGAGCGCAGAUCGGCGAAACGGGCGACAUCUUUUCCGAUCUCGACGGUCGUCACGGGAGUCAUUUACACGACGUCGUCCGCCGCGACGAUGGUGGCCUCGACUGCCGUCACCAAUACUCAAACGCUGGCCAACAAGUCCAGCUGAAUCCCCCCCAGUAAAAAACCAAAACAAAUUCGAUUGCCAACGCGGAUGUAGUCCCCCAUUAAAAAAGUCCGACCCCCCCCCGUUCGUCUCUAGUGUUUUUCUUUUUCAAAAAACGUAGUUGACUGUCGUCUUUUUUUCUCUUCUUCUUUCUAUAUUCUAUUUCCAAAUCUCUCAUCAUCUUCGUGUUUUGUCCGUCUAGCUCUCUUUUUGUCUUUGUGUCUCCAAACCCUCCCCCCCCCCCCCCUCAAAUCAUUUCAGGAAAUCUUUUUCUUUUCGUACCCUCCCCCGCCAACUUUUGAGAUUCGUUUGAUCGAUGACGUGAUGUUGGGUUAUCGAUCGAUUGAUUAUUUGGCUUGUUUAUUAUUCAUUAAUUGGGCUCUGGGUUUCCUUAUAUCAUUCAUUGAUUAACAUCAGGUUUCACUGCGGUGAAAGAUUCGCAACCAUUUGCUCCAUCUUGAAGUCGUUUCGGGAAUAAUGAUUUGGGGGUUUACCGACGGCCUAUUCUCAUUCAUUUCCUCAAUAAGUAUAAAUUGUUUUUUCGAUUCGCUUGUCUAUCGUCGUUUAUUCUUUUUCUCACACCUUUUUCGAUGGCCAGAGAGAGAGGGGGGAUGCUAAUAAGUCAUUGGCGCUAUUGUUCGUUCGUGUUGUUAUAUACUCCCCAGUUUCGUGAUUCUAUGAAGCAGAGAUUCAUUCUUUAUUAACAGAGAAAAAAAGUAAAAUUGCAAGGUAGAAAAAAGGGAAAACGAUUUUGUGAUGGAGAUAAUGCGACUGUUUAUAUACAUACCUAGGCGAUUCAAAUCAAUAACCUACGUAAUAUUAUAUAUAAUGUGUACUAUCAUCAUCUCAUUAAAUAAUAAUAUUAUAAAUUUACGUAAAAAAAAAGGAGGGAAGAAGGUGGGAAAAAGUUGUGCGACAAAACUAUUUUUCGUUGUCUGUUUGUGUUUGUUCGUUGGUUGUCUUACAUUUAUCUUUAUUAAUUAUUCUCGAAGGAGGAGGAGCUUACAUAAAUUAUUCCUCCGCUCUCAUCCCGUGCGUGUUUCUUUCAUUCGAUUCUGUACAACAUUAUUAUUAUUAUGAUUAUUAUUAUUAAUCGGUGUAUAUGAUUGUGCGUAUGUGCUGUAUUAUUAUCAUUAUUAUUUAUUUAUUAACAACAAUUCCUACAUAUGUUAUCAUGAUGUCAUUAACUACUAUAUAUAUACAAAUUAGACUCUA